GUGUACCCAGAAACUGGCGAAUUCCCCUACACCCGAGUACCGGCCUGCAAUGUAUCAGAAUAGCCCUUUCUCUCGCAUGUCGAUGCAUGCACGAGCGCGCGCGCGCGCGCGCUGGACCUCGUUCAAUCCGGAUACAUCCGAUUUUUCCUGUUGCUCCGACGAGGGCAUUUUUUGGACUUCUCAACAACCCCGGAUUUCCUUCAACUAAAAUAACAAUCUCUGUUUCGACGAAAUAACAGACACAGAGAGAGAGAGAGAGAGAGAGAGAGAGAGAGAGAGAGAGAGAGACGCAGAUCGGCGGCGACGACUGAUAGACAGAGGAGGGAAGCCGACAUACCAAUCAAAAACCACUCACAAGUGACGACAGAAGUGUGCAUGCUCUCAAGGGUUGGAGUAUCAUUAAUGUCGCACCACACAUACGAGGGAGGUGAUUGAUCCCAAUGGGAGCAGAGGGGAUGGCAUUUGUGGUUCUUGAAUUCGGGGAGAAGGACACGAGUUGUGGGUUUGCAGGAGAAAGUCGGCCGCGCUAUGUGCUGUCAGGAAACGCGGGAACAAAGCUGCCGCGCAUGGUGCAUAAACAGCUGCCUUCGUGGGAUCGAGCCAAAGUCCCGUCUGCAGAGGACUGGGCAGAGAUACUGUAUGACCAUAUUCGCCAUAUCUAUUUUGAGCGAUUGAUUGUUCAGCCGCAGUCGCGAGGCAUCAUCGUGUGUGAUCGACCAGAUACGCCUGAUGCGUUUCACGAAGGUCUCAUAGAAGUGCUCCUUACACGCUUAAAGGUUCCAGCGAUUGUGUUUGCCCCCUUGGAGUCUACCUUGCUGCUCACUGGCCUGCAAUCAGGUCUUCUGAUCGAUGUCAGCUUUUCAGAGACAUGUGUUCUGCCAGUGUUUGCCCGGAGACCUGUGCUGGAGGCACUUCGUUAUGCACCCCUGGGUGUUGACGAUGUCACCAACCACUUCAUCGCUGAGUGUGGUGAGAUGGCCACCUCAUCACGACCAUCAUCCUGUGUCUCAUCCUCAUCUCAAUCAUCCUUAUCAUCAUCAGCAUUGUCAUCAUCUAUGUUGCCAUUGUCAUCGCUCGAUGUACUUCAGAAGGAUGUCAACAACAUUUCACAGGACGAGGUGGCUGCGUUGUUUGACUUGGUAGCAGCUGGACAAUCGAACCGUUCUUGUGACUCAGAUGUCUCUAUCGUCCAUUUGGCUCUGGACUCACUUGUUGCCUGCCCGUUGGACGCCAGGAAAAUUGUGGCGGGGAACAUCUGCAUUUGUGGGGAAGGAGCUGUUCUUCCGGGCCUUGCUGAGCGAUUGGUGAUGGAGUUGAAUGCGCCGUCUGAUACAUCAGGAGGCAAGACGAAAGGCCCUUGCACAGGGUGGUCUGAAAAGCACAAGCAAUUGCAGAGUGCACUGCAGGGCUCUUUUGCGCUAUCAACAAUCGACCUACCACUCGCACAUCGGAGAUGGGCCGGUGCUUCCUUACUGGGGUGCUUACCAUGGUCUUUGCUCAAAGGGAUGGCGGGCACUCUUCUACCACCAGCUAUGGGGGGACAAGCCCCAGACUCGUGGAGCUAGUUGGCGGUUUGGCUGCAUCUGCAUCUUCAAAGCAGGUUCAUCGCUAUACAAUGAUCCUUGAUGGAGGUUCUUCCUCUGAAAGGACCACAGUAAUCUGUGACGCACUUAUCCUGUUGGACUCGGAGCUGCUGCAAGCCCGAAGACAGAAAGGGGGAUUUGGUUGUCCAACCUGUGCAAAGCCAGACUUCGGCUCAAUAAAUGAAAGCUCUGCCU